AGGUCCACUCCUCCCACCCUGCUGCACAUGGACUAACGCCUCCGCCAGCCACUAUAAAAAGUCUGCCCCUGCUGGGGUUGCUCAGUCUCAUCACCAACUCCACCAGACCACCACCAUGAAAUUCGUGGCCCUUGCUCUUUUGCUGGUUGUCGGCUCCCAGGCUGCUUCCCUGCAGGCUGAUGCCCCCUCUCAGCUGGACCAGAUCCGGUCCGCUGCAGAUGUCUACAUGACUCAGGCUAAGCAGGGUUUGAUCAAAGCCCUGGAUCAGCUGGAUGACUCUCCAUACCAGGAGCUCAAGGCCACUCUGACUCAGCGUGUGGAGGACCUGCACACUAACAUCAAGGCCCUUCAGGCCCAAGUCUCCCCUUACACCGACAGCUUCGUCAGCACCAUCUCCGAGUCCACUGCCGACCUCCGUAACUCCAUCGCUCAAGACAUCGAGGCCCUGAGAGCUGAUCUUGAGCCCAAGCGCGCAAAGCUGAGGGAGGUCCUUGAAAAGCACAUGGAGGAGUACCGAACCCACUUGGAGCCCAUCGUGAAAGAGUACCAGGCCAAGCACACUGCCGACAUGGAAGCUCUGAGAGUCAAGAUGGAGCCCAUCGUGGCUGAGCUGCGUCAGAAGAUGGCCACCAAUGUGGAGGAGACCAAGGCCGCCCUGAUGCCCAUUGUGGAGUCUGUGCGCGCUAAGCUUGUUGAGCGUGUGGAGCAGCUGAAGCAGCUGGCUUCUCCAUAUGUUGAGGAAUACAAAGAGCAGCUGAACAAGGCUUACAGCCAGGCACAGUCCAUCACAGCUGAAGAUUUGGAAAACUUGAAGGCCAAGAUCACACCUCUUGCUGAGGAAAUCAAGGAAAAGCUUGUAGCCAUCUUUGGGGCCAUCUCAGCAACCUUCAACAAGAACUAGAUCCUCCCUGUUCCUUAGACUAACCCUGCCUUAUGCCUGUCCUUGACACAUUCCACCUUAAUUUCCAUUCUUUCUUCGCUCACAAGCAGGCCCAAAGUAAACUCGUGCCUCACUGACAACAACACGGCAGGACUUUCCCUCUUGCACACACAACAAUGUACUUCAAAGGCUCGAGCUCAAGCAAGCGCGCACACACAGAGACGCACACAUGUCCCGCACUCACACGCUUCCUUCCUCACAACUGCUAACAUUUUGUGUUUGAAUUGUGUGUGAAUUACUGCAGGCAUUGACAUCUCUGUGUAAUUAUGAACACCGCAUUGAUGAAAACAGCUCAAUAAACAUCUGUAUGUUUAUACUCUA